AAAACUGUUUGUGGGUGGCUUGGACUGGAGCACGACGCAAGAAACUCUUCGUAACUACUUCUCCCAGUAUGGAGAAGUCGUAGACUGUGUAAUAAUGAAAGACAAAACAACAAACCAGUCCCGAGGAUUUGGAUUUGUCAAAUUUAAAGAUCCCAACUGUGUGGGAACAGUACUGGCCAGUAGACCUCAUACGUUAGAUGGCCGAAACAUUGAUCCAAAGCCAUGUACACCUAGGGGGAUGCAGCCAGAAAGGACACGACCGAAGGAAGGAUGGCAGAAAGGAUCCAGGAGCGAUAACAAUAAAUCAAAUAAAAUUUUUGUUGGUGGGAUUCCUCAUAACUGUGGCGAGACAGAGCUCAGGGAAUACUUCAAGAAAUUCGGAGUGGUCACUGAAGUUGUAAUGAUCUAUGACGCAGAGAAACAGAGGCCCCGAGGUUUUGGAUUUAUUACUUUCGAGGACGAACAAUCAGUGGACCAGGCUGUCAACAUGCAUUUUCACGACAUCAUGGGCAAAAAAGUGGAGGUGAAGCGCGCAGAGCCCCGUGACAGCAAGAGCCAGACCCCGGGCCCCCCCGGCGCCAGGAUGUGGGUGCCAGCUGGACAGGCAAUUGGUGGAUAUGGACCACCUCCUCCAGGAAGAGGAGCUCCUCCACCGCCGCCGCCCUUUACCUCAUACAUAGUCUCUACACCUCCUGGAGGAUUCCCGCCCCCACAAGGAUUUCCGCAGGGCUAUGGCACCCCUCCACCAUUUAGUUUUGGUUAUGGUGCUCCACCUCCUCCACCUGACCAGUUUGCCCCACCUGGAGUUCCCCCUCCACCUGCCACUCCAGGGGCAGCACCACUCGCUUUUCCACCACCACCACCACCAUCUCAGGCAACUCAGGAUAUGAGCAAACCCCCAACUGCUCAGCCAGAAUUCCCUUACAGUCAGUUUGCCGGCUACGGACAAGACUUGAGUGGGUUUGGACAAGGUUUCUCUGAUCCCAGCCAGCAGCCCCCUCCUUACGGAGGCCCCUCGGUGCAACCCUCCAGCGGCCCGCCGGCGGGAGGCAGCGGUUUUGGACGAGGACAGAACCAUAACGUGCAAGGAUUUCACCCCUACCGGCGCUAGCGUGGGCUGGCAAUCAGGGAAUUCUGUCCACAGGGAUGUCUGGUACCAGCCGAACCCAGGACUCCCAGACUUCUGAACUUGUGACAAUCACAUACUUGAUGGAAGAAAAACCUAACAACAUUUUUUUUUUUUUUUUCUGAGGGGGGUGGGGGAAGAUGGCUUCUGAAGGCAAAGCUGUGGGUGUUUGGACUGCAGUUUUUAAAUAUUUUCCUUUCUCUAACCCAUCAGCACAAAUAAAGAAAAUGUCACUGGUUCAAACUACAGGGUUUUAAAAAUGUCUUCAGCUUUAAUUCAAAACUUCAGGUUUCUUUUUUUUGAAAUUAUUUUUCCUGAGCCUUUGUUUUACCGUAUAUUGUAAACUUUUAUGUUUAAAAGAAAAAAAAUAUAUACAUUUACAGAUUGUGAAAUUUUUAAGAGAAAUUUUCUACUAUGUAUGCUGGCUUAUUUUUUAAUUUAAAACAGGGUUUCCGUUAGCACUGUUGGAAGUGAGGGUAAGCUGCAACCCCCUUACUCCUGACAUUACCGGUGGGGUGGAUGGUUCAGAAACUCGGGGAGUUAAAAGAAAUCUACUGAGUGUGUUUUGCUUUUGUUACCUGACGGUGUAGAACCGGUAACGAGGCAGGUGCAGACUUGCUGACGCACAGAGUCACUUCCGAAGCGCGGCGCUGGAUCUGGGCUUCGCACGCUUUCCAGUCCUCUGUGGAUUUCAUUAGGGGUUAACGGAGGCCUUGUUAAGAUGUAGAUUUCCCUCAGGCAAAGGUUUAGGUGCAUUUUGCACUAACCAGUGAUUACCCCUGGUUUGAAUAAAGAGAAGUACAUUUGGAUUAGAAA